CCAAUGCCCUUCAUCCAAGUGUGUAUUAACCGCAGAAUGGAGGUUUUUAGUUUAUAAAAAACACAAAGGUGGACUGAGAAUCACAUUUAAUGUGUCUUAUGUUUAACGUUGCAUGUCCGGAGGAAGCAGGGUGUCUGUUUUUCUACCCUGUGCUUCUGACUGGUGCAGCCUGCUUUUCUUGUUUGGCCGAUAAGUGUGAAUCAUAGCUACGCUACGUAAAUGAUCGUCUUGAUCCAUUGGAUGAUUCGUGGGAAGGUGCAGCCUGAGAACCACCUGUAGGAAGCAUUACAUAACCUUGCAUUGGAUAACAUCUAUUUCAUCUAAUGCCCAGGUCUGACAGAGACUUCAAUUCAUCCUUCGUGUAGCUGAUGCAUCAUUGAAGCAUAUAUCAGACAUGACCUUCUCACAGCAGAGAUAAACCUGCCUCAUCCAGCCUUUAACCUUUUCUGGUUAUCACUACAGCAACAGAAUAAAUGAUGGAUGAACCUGACUCUGUCCGUGUCAAGGCUGUGCUAGAGGACCUUCAGUCUGCAUAUUCCGCUGACACCAUUAAUAUUGAUGAUGGACGUUACAAUGCACUACGUGAAGAUCUGGAGGCAGAUACACGAGACUUUGAAUCUCCCACCUGGAGUUUUGCUGUUGACCAGCAAUAUUUAAAGACCUUUUCCAAAGAGGCGACUAAAAGACAAGAUGUGAUUCAUGAACUGAUUCAGACAGAGAUAAACCACGUACGGACGCUUAAGCUGGUUUUGGGCGUUUACGUACGGGAGCUGCGUGAGACUCUGCAGAUGGAUGAGAUGCGGCUGGAGAGACUCUUCCCACAGGUGGACAGCCUUCUGCAGAUUCACCAGCUCUUCCUCAAUCGCCUUAAACAACGACGAUUCGACUCCAUGGAAGAAGGCAGCAGUCAGAAUUAUUGCAUCCAAAGAAUCGGAGACAUCCUCAUCACACAGUUCUCAGGUAGUUUGAGAGAGCAGCUGCAAUACUGCUAUGGAGUAUUUUGCAGUCACCACACUGAUGCAGUCAACUAUUACAAGGACCUAAUGGCAAACAACAAGAAGUUUCAGAGUGUUAUAAAAAAAAUAUCUCAGCUAUCCAUCCUGCGACGAUUAGGAAUACCAGAAAGCAUUCUCCUUAUAACACAACGCAUCACCAAGUAUCCAGUUCUUAUUGAACGUAUCAUAAAAAAUACAGAAGUUGACUCAGAGGAGCACAGGGACUUGGUACAAGGUCUGGAGCUGCUUAAAGACACCAUAACUCAGGUGAAUACUUGCGUGGAUGAGUUUGAGAAAGCAGCGAGACUGAGGGAUCUGAGUAGUAAACUAGAGCCCAAGUCCCAGGUGAAGAUGGCCCACGGUCGAGUGUUUCGCAGAGAGGACAUGUUUUAUGGCGAGAGGAGGCUGCUGUAUGAGGGGAUUCUCAACUGGAGAUCAACGUCUAACAAAAGCAAAGAUGUCCUUGUCCUGCUGUUAUCAGAUGUGUUGCUGCUUUUACUUGAAAAAGAUCAGAGGCUUACAUUUGCUUCUCUGGACGGUAAACCUGCGGUGAUCCCACUCCAGAAGCUCAUAGUGCGUGAGGUGGCUCACGACGAAAAGGCUCUGUUUCUGAUCACGGCCUCCUCCGACCCUCCAGAGAUGUACGAGUUUCACACUUCCUCCGGCGAGGUGCGCAGGGCUUGGAGAGACCAAAUCUGGAAAGCUGUGGAGUGCUGUCCAGAAGAAGCGGUAGAGGAACCAGAAGAACUUUCUGAGAGAAUCAAGGACUUUGCAAGGAGUCUGUGUAUGAUGGAUGCUUAUAUAGAGUAUCACCUCACAGAGAAGCACAGGUUAUUUGCCAGCAUUGCAGCCAAUGUGACCGGUGUUGAUGACUGCUCAUCAUUUGAGCGCCAUCUGCUGUGUGGUAAUUCAGCAGAGCCGCUACAGGGCCAGCAGCUCCUCAUCGGAGCCUUAAAGGAUGUGGAGAUUUUACAGAGGUUGUUGGUAGGUUGCGAGUUGAACCAAACUCCUUUCACCGCUGAGGGAUUGGAUUUGGUGCCAGUGCCCUUCACAGGUUUUGACAGUGACACCUGCGUGCUACCCGAAAAUGGUGCUGGGAGUUUAUUGGAAAGUCUGGAGCUGUCUGCAGAUGAAGAGAUGACCUUAGAGAGCAGGAUAGUCAGCUUUCCUAAGGCCGAGCUUUAUGAAACUGUAACUAGACUGUCACAGAAGCUUUGCAGCCUUCAGUCUGUCUUCUUGCAGUUAAAAAGCCACAUCAAGGUGCAGGGCGCCACUAUCGAUGAGCUGAUGUCCCGACCCAAGGGCAACACUCUCUUGGAACAGGAAAAGUAUCGAAACUUGGAAAAGCAGCGGGAAGAGCUGGCUAACUUCCAGCGUCUGCAGGAGCAGCACAGGCAGGAGCAGACGCAGUGGGAGCAGGAGCGGCAGAGGCAGAGAUGGCAGGCAGAGAUCAGUGAGAAAGAGCUGACAGAGAGAGAACUGGAGUGCAGCAAACAGGAGCAGCAGCUGGCAGAGGAAAAACAGCAACUGGAGAAGUGCCGAGAGGAAUACCAGCAGGAUCUGGAGAGACUGCGAGACUCCAUGCGCACUGUGGAAAAGGAGAAAGAAAAGCUGGAGCAGCUACAAAAAAAGUUAAAGAAGAAUGAGAACGGGUUCAACAUUGGAAACCUUCCUCUGAAGAAUGAACAGAUUCAGAUAGCUUCUCCUUACCCUAUAGUGAACGUGGUUUCUCCCAGCUUUGAAGAGAGGCCACCACUGAUACCACCACGCAGGGAGAGCAUCACUUCUCUGCCUGUCAAGACUGAUGUACCCAUCCACCUCAUCAGCACCACCAACCAAUCACAGAAAGUCAGUACAAUUCAACAAAAGAUCCCAACCAAACUGGCUGCCCAGGCAAAGGGCAAAGAGAAACACAGCAAACACAGGAACUCACAUCAACGUAACAACAGUGCAGCUGGCAUAGAGGUGUCUCAAGUAGUGCCCAUCAGAGUUACAGGAAAAGAGGGAGGCAGUUUAAAAGCCACGAGAUCCAAAAGUCCUCAAUGGCUCGCUCCAGAUAUGUUCAUUUAUCCGGAGAAGUCAUCCAGCGCUGUCCCCUCUCAUUCAAACACAAGCAGAAAGCACCACAACAACCCCACACACACUACACAACCAGGACAUCGUAAAACCAAAGACCAUGAAAAUACAGAUCACAUUGUUUACUUUUAAUGCCCCUUAUCAUCUGCAAUCCACAGGUUUGAUAUACUGUGAUUGUUUUUUCCCGGUCAUGAUCUGAACAGUUAUGUUGUGGGAUACUGCAUAAGUUAUGAAAUCAUUCAGAUUUAUGUCAUCAUUUUAAGACUUGUUUUGUUUUUACUGUGAUUUUAUUGUUUUUAAUUGAAAAAAAAAUUCAGGUAUAGAAGAAAAUAAGGAAGAAUUGAUUGAAUUACUGAAUGUUGACGUGUUCAGCAGUCUUAGUGUGUUAUAUUUAGCAAAUCAUUGCUGAAAGAAUGUGUCUCUUAACAACCAGGACUCGCUGUACAUUUUAAAAUCUUAAAAGAUAAUGAAAACAUUCUAAAGUCUUAUUAAACAGUCAUUCCUGUAUAGCUGUUUUAUUAGUUAUUUAUUGUGAUUUAGAAUUUAGGAAUAUUUGGCCCAAGAAACACUACACUGGAAAAUCUUCAUGUUUAUCAUGGACUAUUUGCUGGGAAGUGAUGUUAUCAAUUGUUAUAAACAAAUGUUACAAUUUUUGUGAAAUGUUAAUUUUCUUUCCUAUUUCUGCACAGAUGGAAAGAUUUUUUUACAUGCAUUGUUUUGCUUUUGUCAACUGGAAAAUAAUGUUUGAGUAAGGGGUAAAUAUUUUAUAUAUAUAUUGCUUCUUUAAAUAUAUAUAUAUAUAUAUAUAUAUAUAUAUAUAUAUAUAUAUCUGGGGAUAAUGCUCUUAAUCCAUGAUUCUGUAAAGUUAAUAAUUCAUUUCUUUUAGUUUUUGUCUUUCAUGUAAAUAUAAAAUGGCACAUCUCUAAUAGAGUAUCUUAGUUUAUCGGCUUCUGACAAAGCGCAAGUAAUGCUGUCUUAAAUUGACACUGUACAUGUAGCUGAUUCUGUUGGAAAAGAAAAAAGUAAACUUAGUAUAAGAGCUUGUUUUUUUUGCUCAUAAACCCUGUAAAACUUUGUUUUGCGUUACACAGUCUUUUGUUUUUUUAGAAACAAACUGGAGUCCACUUAUUCCCAGAAUAAAUUGCUAAGAAUUG